AUGGCGACGACGAUCAGCAAGGAACAGCACGAUGAGCUGUGCGUCUCGUACGCGUCCAUGAUGCUCUUUGACGGCGAGCACGAGAUCACGUCGGAGGCGAUCAACACGAUCGUGACCGCGUCCGGCAACGAGGUGGAGCCGUACUGGCCGACGCUCUUCGCUUCGCUGUUGUCCAAGGAAGGCAAGAUCCUGGACCUCAUCUCCUCGGGCGGAGCUGCUUCAGGAGCUGCAGCGGCGGUGGGAGGUGCAUCUGGUGCUGCUGCUGCGGGUGGUGAGCAGGCCAAGGAAGAAGUCAAGGCUGUGGAGGAGGAAGAGGAGGUGGACAUGGGCGGCGGCAUGGACAUGUUCGGCGACGAGGACUACUGA